AUGUCCCGUAUACUAUUGGCUACUAGGCCAUGCAAGGGUGUGACCCCAUAUGCCUUGCGGCCGGUACUGGCGAGUCGAUAUAAUCUGAUCAGUGGUAGACGCCUUAUGGCUACGGGCCCGGCGCCAAAGUCGGAUUCGAAGCUCCCAGCAAAGCCCGCUUCUCCUGCAGAGGCGGCCCCCAAGCCAUCGCUAUGGUCUCGGGUGAAGCAUGAAGCGCAGCACUACUGGGACGGCACGAAGUUGUUGGGUCUGGAGGUGAAGAUAUCGUUUAAGCUGGUGAUGAAGAUGUCUGCGGGGUACGAGCUAUCGCGCAGAGAGAUGCUGCAGCUCAAGCGGACGACCACGGACGUGGUGCGUCUGGUACCGUUCAGUGCAUUUGUCAUUAUUCCAUUUGCCGAGUUGCUGCUGCCCAUUGCGCUCAAGUUGUUCCCCAACAUGCUUCCGUCGACCUACGAGUCCAAGACUGACAAGCAGAAGAAGCUGGAGAACCUGAGGAAAACGCGCGCAGUGAUGUCCGAGAUCAUCAAGGAGAAGAAGUCCCACUUCAAACCCAGCGACAUAACGGAAUCCCAGAAGAUGAUCUUCAACAGCUUCUACAAGCACGUCCGCGAAACCGGGGAGCCUGAGUCCCGCGAGCAGCUGAUCCAGGUUGCCCGCCUGUUCUCCGACGACACUGUUUUGGACAACUUGACCCGCCCGCACCUGGUGGCGAUUGCGAAGUACAUCAAUCUCCAGCCAUUCGGGACUGACGUGAUGUUGCGUUACCGUAUUCGCUACAAGAUGUUGCAGCUGAAAAAGGACGACUUUGCCUUGUUCUACGAGGGCGUGGACCUGUUGAACUCCGCAGAAUUGCGGACUGCGUGCGCUUCUAGAGGCAUCAGAAACCUCAAUGUCGAGGACGCUGUCCUGCGCGACAAUCUCAACAUCUGGCUCAACAUGAGGCUGAAGGAAAAGAUCCCAUCGACUCUAUUGAUUAUGGCUACGGCCUACACCUAUGGCGACAUCAGCUCCCAGAAGACUCUCUAUGACGCCUUGUGCGACGUCUUGAGCGGUAUCCCAGACGAGCUUUACCACGAAGUCAAAGUCAAUGUUGUCGAAGAGGACGAUGCGACAAACAAGUCCAAGAUGGCGCAGCUGCGCGAGCAAGAGGAGAUCAUGAGAGAGGAGGAGCAGCAAGAAAAGGACGCUGUCGUCAAGGUCAGAGACCAGUUACGGCUGGAUGACCUUGACGAGCCGGCUGCUGCUAUUCCAGAGCCCGUUGCAGACAAGGAACCAACUACGGGCGACGCCACCAAAGAUGGCAAGCCACCCCAGCAUACCGCUAAAUAG